UCAUCUAUAUACUACUACCAUUACCGUCCUGUAUCAAGCAUCUCUUAUUGUUGGCGGUUUCUGGCGAUUAAUAAUCAUUCUGACGGUUUUAAUUUAAGAAUAAUGGCGGACAAUCAGUUACUUGAACCUGAAGCUCAAUUAAACAUCCAAGUGAAAAGUACGACAAAUCCCAACGAAAUUUGGCAUUUCCCUCAUAAACCGUUGGCAUCCGAAGAAACCGACUUUCACUAUUUACCACGCGCUUUGGAAGUACCAGAUUUUCACGACGUCAAAUUCGACAGCGUCGUGCAUGCAACACACACGUGCUACAAAAGUGUUAUUCUCAGCCAAAAUGGUGAUGCUCACUUCAAACCUCAUCCCAAAAGAGGAUUCGCACAUGAUGAAAUGCUCAGCAAACUUCGGUUUGUAUGGUUUUCCCCAUUGAUUUCUGAUUAUGAAUCAGAAAAAGUCAAGGAGCGUAUGAGAGAGCUCUUAACUGCUACUGUAUGGCAUUAUAUACCAGACACCAUGAAAAAAUCGCCACAGGAGCUCUCCGACAGUGCGUCAACCAAGGAAAACGAGUGGAAAAUCCAAGAAACCUGUCGGAAUCUGCUUGAUGGCCCCCGUACAACAUACGCUGCAAGUCCAGCCAUGCUUAAUGACGAAUCCCGAUACGGCCCGCAUGGUUUCGUUAUCCCGUUUUCUGCCGUUCUUGCCAGCGUCGCUGCGUCCCACGACGUACCAGUCAUGAGACUGGGAUUUUAUGACAUGGGCACCUUCGCGUAUCAGAGGGAGCGCAUGCACGUAGUUCUUGUUUGUCCAAAGGGGGUUGCUGAGAAAUAUUCUUUCAAGGAGAUCACUAAUAAUAAUGAUGAAUAUGCCUUUUUUGGUCUUCCCCAAUGCGGAGCGGACUUGUAUCAUUGGUACGUGCGCUCGACAAAAGAUUUUGUGGACUGGCAUCCGCGUCCAUCCGAUUACGCAAUACCGACCGCACUUGGUCUGGCGGGCGCGCCCUUGUCGGCGGCUGGCAUAUCUCGGUGGGAACAUCUUUCCUUUGCCUGCCUUGUUAAUCCGGGCCAAGAACUGGUAAUUCCCAAAAAAGAUUUCAAUGAGAAAAUUCUAAAUCACAAUUUCUGCAUAACGAAGAAUCGCUUUCCAUACAACAAAUGCCCAGAUGAAAACCUACUGCCCCGCAGAAGAUCUGAUAGCGUUCUAGAGGUUUCAAAUAAAAGACUCCAAAGUGCAACGGUCGAAAAACGUCAGAACAAGGGAGAUAACGACAGACACAUACUGCAAGUGCAAGCAGUCCAAGGCGCGGCCCGUGCAGAAGACCAGGAUCCCUUGUUACCCCGUUUGCCAAAGAGAUCUUUGCCCGAGACCUUUGAUGAGAUUACUAGUAGCUUUGACAAACGGUACAAGCCAUAGAAGUAUGAAGUAUAGUACUGUACCGUAAACAUUAUCGAAUAAUCAUAAUCGAAAUCAUUACUAGUACUGCUGUUACCAUGAUUUAUGAACUCUCGUACCUUCGAGUAUAAUAAUUGUCCUCCCUCAUGGUGCAUCCUUUUU